GGCUAACGGGAACUUGAGGUUUUUCCUCGUCGACUUCUACGAUGGUUUAUGAGAUAGAAGAUAAGAAAUUUAGAAGAUUUCUUAACAGUAGCAAAAUCGUAAAGUCUUGUUGCUAACCGGCGAAAAUUCUUGAAAAUUCUUGAAUAUAAAUGAGAGUACUAAUUUUUCAACAAUUUCACAGAUAGACCAAUGAAGGAACUCUGGUAUUUGAAACCUUUUGCCCAGCAUGAAACAUGAAGAUCAGUUGUCAUGAUAUAUGAUAUUGCGUCUGCUUCUACAAGUGAAGACAAAGUUGCUGUGAAAGUUUUAGAGGAACUUGGACACGCAAAACCGAAAGACGAGGCCCCCUGCAAGUGUGAAAUGUUCAACCUCGAUGUGGAGUUUGAUUACCAACAACAACAAACUGGAGCAGUGAAAUUCAGCAAUUUCGAAAAAAUGGCAAAAGAAUCUAUGGAGGAAUUAAAGCAAAAAUUAACGUCGUUAGAGGCAUUUAUGGUCACUAUUAAAGAACACACUGAACUAAUAAAGAAAAGCAAACAGAAAGAAGAGAGAAAUGAAUUGCAUAUGACAACAUCAUCAAAAGCCACAAAAGAUAUCUUAAGUUUCAAGUUGAAUUUGUCAUCAGAAGUUGAUAAUGGUUCUACUAUAGAUGUGAGACAUUGUAAAGGACCCCCCAAUGACAAACUUAAAUUUUCAAAAAUAUUCACAAAUGAUGACAAAAGAACAGUUCAUGAUUCAUUGGGACAGCACAGUAUGUCCAUAAGUACUUCAGCAAAUAAUGAAGAUUCAAGUAAAAGUCUUUCAGAGUUGGCAAAAUAUAUAUGGAGGGAGAAAAACAACACCAAAGUCCAAUCCCUUUCUUAUGGAAAAGUAAUACCUGAUUCUCAGAAAAGCUCUGUUUCCAAGAACAGCACUUCAUUACCUAAAGUAACUUUACAAUCGAAAACCUGGAGAAAAUCAAUUCAGACAGAAAAUUGUGCCAGUUCAAAUAAAAGACUAGAUAAAAUCAGCAAUAGCUCUACUGAAGAUAAACCAAGCAAAUCAUUGAGAGAUUCAAGUGACGAACUCUCAAUUUUGGCCAGAAAAACCUGGAUGAAUGCAAGAAUCCAUAGCAAAUCAAGUGUGUUAAACAGAGUUAAUCAACCACAUAAAGCUUCAUUAUUUAAAUUGCAAAGGAAGGUAAAUUGUGACAAAGUGGCCAAAAAUUCUUUGGAGGAUAAAAUAGAGAGCAAAAUUGAAAGGACACACUCCAGUGCAAAGCAACUUUCAGAACUUGCAAAAGCUGUAUGGCAUCAAAACAAAGCUUCAAGAAGCUUUGGAAGAUUAUAUAACCAUGACUUGAAAUCUUUAAAAUAUCAACAUAAAGAUUUCAAGUGGAAUUCAAACAGAAAUCCUGAAGGGCCUUUUAAGAGCUGUACAUUUUUACAUAGAAGGAAGCAUUAUGUUCUACAUAACAGUAUAUUCAGAAUGGUUAGAACACCAUUUGCUACAAACAACAAAACAGAGAGUGUGCCAUCUACUCAGACGUCAUGGAGUAUAAGAUAUUCAAAUAUCCAUCAAAAGAGAAGCUUCAUUUAUAGGCGACAAACGUUUUUGUAUAAAAAGUCAAGUAAUCAAAAUAGGUGGGUUUCUAAGAGGAUAGUCAAGGACACCAAGUUGCCUCAAACUGCUCCAAGAUUUGCAGCUGGAGGUAACGGCAAGACAGAUAAAAGACAUGGACCGUUUAUCUUCACAAGUGUUAGUGGAAAUAAAUUCUUAACAGAUGUGGGAGGUCACAGGUUGAGAAAAGCCUCAUUAGAAGCAACUACACAUCUACCUGGUACUUCAAAAGUAUAUCCAGUCAAAAAGUCGAUGAAAGAUUCCAAAGGGGUGAAAAAUGUUACCAGAUAUAAGAUAACUCGCAGACAAAACUCAACAACAAAUCUCACUGCAAAACUGGCAGCAAGUCGCAUUGUGAAAAGACGUUUUGCUCGACUCCAUCAACAAAACUUGCGCAAAUUUGUAAAGAAACAAUACUGCAUGUUUUACAACCGGUUCGGCAAGUGUAAAAAUGGAGAUUCUUGUAAGUUUCUUCAUGAUCCUGAUAAAGUUGCUAUUUGUACAAGAUUCUUGCGAGGAACUUGUAAAAACCAGAAUUGUUUAUUUUCUCAUAAAGUUGAUAAAAGAAAGAUGCCAACCUGCUCGUUUUUUCUCAAUGGUGCUUGUCACAAGGAUGAUUGCCCGUAUGCUCAUGUCAAAGUUAUGCACGCUGAUAUUUGCAAAGAUUUUCAAAAUGGGUUUUGCCCGUUAGGUGAAGAGUGUCUAAAGCGUCAUGUGCUAGAGUGUGAACAGUUUUCUAAGACUGGAACAUGCUCCAGUGGAAGCAAAUGCAAAUUGUUUCACCGGAGAAGGAACAAAAAGAGAAGGCGAAGCUCUUCAUUUUCCGGUACAAGAACGCCAAAACCUUUCGUGAAAAAAAUCAAACUGAUAGAAUCUAAGGAUGAAGCUGACCAGUCACAAAAUACUGCAGGCGACGAGCUGCAGAUCAAGCCGUCGUUUGCCUUGGGUAGAGACCCGGAACGACCAUUGGAUGGAUUUUCGAAAUUGAGAAGAAGAAGAUUCAAUUGGAAAACUGAACGAGAAGAAGACCUAGGAUUUAUGAGCAAAGCAGGACGUAAAAACGAAGAGGAAAAAUAAAAUCUGGCAAUUUGCGAGUCAGUGGCUGUCAUUUUUUGUACCUUAACUUAACUUGUGCUGUGUAUGAAUUAAAAAGCAAAAAUAAUACAUUGAACCACUUGAUUUGAAGUUAUCUGCAGAAAAUCCAGUAUUCCUUUUUAGGCAGCUUGAAAUGUUUCACUUUUUAUGGCUUGGAUUUACUUGUUAUGGCUCGGAGGCGAAGCUGAUCAUUUUAGUAUAUUGUUCAGCGAGAAGAGAUGAAAAAAAUAGAUUAUUUUGCUUGUUCAAAGAAGUUUUGUUUAUCGCUUGUCAUUUGGCCGGAACUGGCUUGUGGCAGAAUUAUCACGUUAACUGCAGGUACGCGAUAACAACGCUAAUAAACAAAAGAUAACGUUCGAAACGAGUUCCAUUGUAUGCAGAGUUUGACAAGGAUCCGUUCUCGGGGCUUAGACUUGUAUUACCUGUAAUAAUUACUUCUGGUCAUGGGGUAUUCAGAGUUGGCAUCGAGAGAUCUGUUCAGUGCAAACUGCAUUUAAGCUGCCGAACCGGCUAGGGGAUUCGGAUUUUUAAAAGAUUCUGCUACAGAGAGAACUAGAAAACUUAGAAAAGUACAUAACAAUAAGUGGUAUUAUUUCCUUGAAAACAGCAUUAAGGUUUAAAUUAUUGCCGCCAUAUACUGAAACCAUUUCGGUGAUGGUUUUCGUAACCUUUUAAGGGGCGUUUGUCUUUGAUGGUUUUUUUGAAGGAUGAUAACUUUUGCGAAAUAAUAUUAUUUAAUAAUAUGAUAAAUUAAAAUUAUUUAAUAAUAAAACCCAACUUCCUUAUUUAGAAGCAAUCAAACUUCGGAAGAACUCCUUUGUUCAUUUGCAGGUACAUCUUCUUUGUAUGGAUAAAAUUGGACCUUGAUAUGGCUAUCUCAUAUAAAGUGGGGUGUAAGGAUAAAAAAUUUACCCGAAGGAAAAACCAGAAAAGUGCAAUGAGUUUUCGUGCAGUUAUCAGCUACCAGUUACCUUUUUGAUUUGCUGCUUGAACUCGAAGAUGGCAAGAUAUUUGAGAAUCUAGCGUGUUUUUUAUUAACAAUAAGUUUUAAAAUAAGGUGGAAAGUGACAGUUUUUCAAUGUGUACUCCAGAUCUCGCAUAUACGCUUACAUAACCGGCAUGCUUCGCGGCAGCUGUCUUUAGAUUGUGAUAGUGUUUUGCAUUUUCAUGCAGUACAAAAUUAGGCCAAAUUUGAAAAUAUAGUCGCAAUGCAUGCCGGUUGCGCAAGAGCCUUUAAAGAUACGAAACAGCUGACUAAAUUUAAAAACAAAACAAUAGGCAGAUAACAGCGUGGAUGACCACUGAUUACCAAAUGAGCCUCAUUGUUUAUCUCUCGUCGUUAUCUGACUGCCCAAGCGCCACUGCUAAGAAAUUCUUCGAAAAUCUAUUGAAGCAAAUACUUGUGCUCUUUGUAUUUUUACUGUCAAAUUUUCAAACUAUUUUUUCUAUUUUAUAGUCUCAAAAAUAAAUUUAAUUGCAUGUCAAUAGACAGCGUUCCACCAUAGACUGAUAUGAAUUGAUAUGAUCAUUUCCACGAGUAACAAUUGGCUAUCUGAUGUAACCUAAGGCUACACAAUUCCUGCUGCAAGGUCAUAAGGCAUGGUAUGAGUUAUCUUAGAUAUACAAGAUUUGCUAGCAAAAGUGACCCCAUCUAACCUUCAAACAUAUUGGGUAAAUGCUGAAGCUAUAUGUCUAGUAUAUAAUUGGUCACGUUCAUUGUCAGAUUCAUUGCUUUACUUUGACAUAAGCACAAUAGUUAUCUGAGCUGCUCUUUUCUGUGCAGUGACGAAAAGUUCUUUAAUUAAACCUCUCUACUGAAAUGCCACUGUUAAGUUUGUAAUU